GCACUUGGAAUGAGAAUCAGAGGAUGGAAAUAGUCUGGGAGGUGCUUUUUCUUCUUCAAGCCAAUUUCAUCGUCUGCAUAUCAGCUCAACAGAAUUCACCAAAAAUCCAUGAAGGCUGGUGGGCAUACAAGGAGGUGGUCCAGGGAAGCUUUGUUCCAGUUCCUUCUUUCUGGGGAUUGGUGAACUCAGCUUGGAAUCUUUGCUCUGUGGGGAAACGGCAGUCGCCAGUCAACAUAGAGACCAGUCACAUGAUCUUCGACCCCUUUCUGACACCCCUGCGAAUCAACACGGGGGGCAGGAAGGUCAGUGGGACCAUGUACAACACUGGAAGACACGUAUCCCUUCGCCUGGACAAGGAGCACUUAGUCAACAUAUCUGGAGGGCCCAUGACAUACAGCCACCGGCUGGAGGAGAUCCGACUACACUUUGGGAGUGAGGACAGCCAAGGGUCGGAGCACCUCCUCAACGGACAGGCCUUCUCUGGGGAGGUGCAGCUCAUCCACUAUAACCAUGAGCUAUACACGAAUGUCACGGAAGCUGCAAAGAGUCCAAAUGGAUUGGUGGUAGUUUCUAUAUUUAUAAAAGUUUCUGAUUCAUCAAACCCAUUUCUUAAUCGAAUGCUCAACAGAGAUACUAUCACAAGAAUAACAUAUAAAAAUGAUGCAUAUUUACUACAGGGGCUUAACAUAGAGGAACUUUAUCCAGAGACCUCUAGUUUCAUCACUUACGAUGGGUCGAUGACUAUCCCACCCUGCUAUGAGACAGCAAGUUGGAUCAUAAUGAACAAACCUGUCUAUAUAACUAGGAUGCAGAUGCAUUCCUUGCGCCUACUCAGCCAGAACCAGCCAUCUCAGAUCUUUCUGAGCAUGAGUGACAACUUCAGGCCUGUCCAGCCACUCAACAACCGCUGCAUCCGCACCAAUAUCAACUUCAGUUUACAGGGGAAGGACUGUCCAAACAACCGAGCCCAGAAGCUUCAGUAUAGAGUAAAUGAAUGGCUCCUCAAGUAAGGAACAAAAGCCAAGAAGAAUCCCACCUCAGUGAAAUGCUACAACUGUGAAUUGACGUAACCUAGAAUGUCCCCCUUCUUACUUCUCUCUCCUUCUUUCCCCCAAGCCUCAUUCAUUCUUGGGAUUGGCCCUUUCUUCAUGAAAAGUGUCUGCAAAACCAUGGCAGAGGAAUACAUCUCUCACACAUACUCACACACACACAAAGCACUUGCACAUACAUACAAACACACGCAAACAUACCUACGCACACACACUCUCUUACAACCUCCAUCAUGGAAAGUCAAGUUUCAGAAACAAAAGUCUCAUUCAUAAGAGGUCUUAGAAGAAAAUAACCAGUUAACCUGAUUACAAUUUUGAUACCGUUUUCCUGAACUAAUAAAUCUACCCAAUGAGACUUUUCAGCCUUUGUACAUACAAAAUUCUUCCAAAAGAGAGAGGAGAAAAUACAGCUCUGAUGGCAUCAAAUGAACUUUGCAUCAAGUAAUUUCAGAUAGUGUCCUAGGAUCCUUUGAGGGUGCUGGUAGCAGGUGAGCAGGGCAAAGUUGACCAAGGACACUUAUUUCUAGAUUAUGAUUCUUCUGUUUACUCAACAAUUUAAAAAGAAAAAAAGGACAGACAUUGAAGAGCUACACAUUGUAUAUAUAUCACCACAGACUAUAAAGAAAUGGAAUUAUUUCCCUCUUUGUCACAUAUCUGUAGUAGGAUUUGCCAAGAUCAGAAAUGAUCCAUUUGCUGUUUCUUGUUUUCCAAAGGUCAUACAUUGUGUUUGGUUAUUGUUACCAGCUCAAUAAAUGUGUUUAAUGAGUUAAUUUCUUUUUUCUGGCUUUGGUCUGUUCUCCUUCUUUACAGGCUAAGCCCUGGCUCCAUGCAACUGCAUUCUUUGAUUUCAUUUGUUCCUUCAUCUACAUGUUUUGUUCAUUUGCAGCCAGUUUUUACUGAGUUUGUGGCAAUCAGGAAUGCAUUUGCUAAGCAAGUAUGACUUUAAUUCCACUCCAUGGCUCGAUCAUUCACAUGAGGUGAGCUUCAGCCUGAGAUAGCAGGCGACAGAUUUCUUGCAUUUCAAAACUGCCAUGCCCCCCUGUGAUGCUCCCAUGAAGGAAUGCACUUUGCCUUGUAAGUUCCUGGGAAAGGGGUAUCUUUUCUCUCCAGGUGCAGCCAGAUCUCACAAAGUACAAAACGAAUGCCUUUCUUUUCUUGUUUAUAAUGGUCACUCACUGUGUUUGGUUACUGUCAAGAAAUCAAUAAAUGUGUUUAACAAGUUA